UGCAGCGUGUAGUCUUGAAUCAAUUCAGCAGUGAGGCAGCGUCUCUAAUGCACUUUCAAAUCCUAGAAGUUAUGCUAUGUGAAGAUGAUGUGUCCAGAAAUGUUAUGGAUAUUCAAUAGCUUAGGCAGAGUCGUCAGUAUCUUUUGACUUCAAAAACGGAAGCAAUGACAGCCUAUUGUCAACUGCCAAGAAACCCCAAAGAAGAAGAACAUCCUAGGCUAUGUGAAUUCAUGGCUACUGGUAUUCCGCGAGGCAUGGAUUAAGCCAUACAACAUCUUCUGUAUUAAAGCAGAUGCAUUUUAAUUCUGGUUAAGGACGGCAUCAACUCAUUUGUCUAUCCAUAUCGACAGAAGAUUAUCUGAAGAGACAUGACCCAUACAGAGAAGGGGACAUGGACAUUUUGGCCCAGUAGGACAAAAUGGACCUCCUGCAGGACCUCCCAUGACCCAGAGGAGGAGCGGCGUGUUCGUGCAAAUGAUCGGGAGUAUAACGGAAAAUUUAUGUAUGCUCAUAACCACAUCAAAACAUCCAAAUACAACAUAUUCACUUUCUUGCCCAUAAAUCUCUAUGAGCAGUUUCAGCGUGUGGCCAAUGCAUACUUCUUAUGUUUGCUCAUCCUACAGCUGAUUCCUCAGAUCUCCUCCCUGUCCUGGUUCACAACCUGCGUGCCUCUGGCCCUUGUGCUCUUGGUCACCGCUGUAAAAGAUGCCACGGAUGAUUAUUUCCGCCACAGAAGUGAUCGACAGGUGAAUACCCGGCAAUCUCAGGUGCUCAUUGAGGGCAAACUACAGAGGGAAAAAUGGAUGAAUGUUCAUGUUGGGGACAUCAUAAAGCUUGAGAACAACCAGUUCAUUGCUGCAGAUUUGCUACUGCUAUCAUCAAGUGAACCCAAUGGACUUUGCUACAUAGAAACAGCAGAACUGGAUGGGGAGACAAAUUUGAAAGUGCGUCAGGCCUUACCAAUUACCUCUGAACUUGGUGCAAACAUCACUCAGCUAGCAGAGUUUGAUGGAGAGGUUGUUUGUGAGGCUCCCAAUAAUAGAUUGGACCGCUUUACUGGGACCCUAACAUGGAAGGAUAGCAAAUACUCCUUGGAAAACCAGAGGUUACUGCUGAGGGGAUGUAUGCUCAGGAACACAGACUGGUGCUUUGGAAUGGUCAUAUUUGCAGGCCUUCAAACCAAGCUCAUGCAAAACUGUGGAAAGACAAAGUUGAAGCGCACUAGCAUUGACCGACUGUUGAACACACUGGUCUUGUGGAUCUUUGGCCUGCUUCUGUGUUUGGGCUUUACCUUAUCUAUCGGAAGUUCUAUUUGGGAGUACAAUGUUGGAAAGCACUUCCAGAUUUAUUUGCAAUGGGAGCCAAAUAUGGACAGUGCAGUAUUCUAUGGUUUCCUGACAUUCUGGUCUUACAUCAUAAUCCUGAACACUGUUGUGCCCAUUUCUCUUUAUGUUAGUAUGGAGAUCAUCCGCUUGAUGCAGAGCUACUUCAUCAGCUGGGACAUGGGUAUGUACCACAGUGGGCAGGACAUGCCAGCCGAGGCCCGCACCACCACCCUCACCGAGCAGCUGGGCCAGGUGGAGUACGUCUUCUCCGACAAGACCGGCACCCUCACACAGAACAUUAUGACCUUCAACAAGUGCUCCAUCAAUGGGACAGUCUAUGGUGAGGUGUAUGAUGACUAUGGACAUAAAGUUGAAAUCACAGAGAGCACUCCUUGCGUGGACUUCUCCUUUAACCCGCUGGAGGAUGCACAUUUCCGUUUCCAUGACGCUACACUGGUGAAGGCGGUGCAAGAUGGCGACAUGCCUGUCCAGGAGUUCUUCAGGCUACUGGCGCUGUGCCACACGGUCAUGCCCGAGGAGAAGGUGGAGGGGGAGCUGGUGUAUCAGGCUCAGUCACCUGACGAGGGAGCACUGGUCACAGCCGCCAGGAACUUUGGCUUUGUGUUCAGGGGCAGAACCCCGGAGACCAUCACUGUUGUUGAAAUGGGCAAAUCAGUGGACUACCAGCUCCUUGCUAUCCUGGACUUCAACAAUGUGCGCAAAAGAAUGAGUGUUAUAGUGAAGACCCCAGAUGGCCAGAUAAAGCUGUACUGUAAGGGUGCCGACACCAUUUUGUUUGAGAGAUUGAAUCCAUCAAAUGAAAACCUUAAACGUAUCACAUCAGAGCACCUUAAUAUGUUUGCUGGAGAAGGCCUGAGAACCCUUGUUCUGGCCUACAAAGACCUGGACAGAACUUCCUUUAAGGAAUGGACAAAGAGGCUUCACACUGCUAGCACUGCCUUGGAGGACAGGGAACAACUUGUUGAUGCUUUAUGUGAAGAGAUUGAAAGGGACCUGAUACUGCUUGGUGCCACUGCAAUAGAGGACAAACUACAGGAAGGUGUGGCUGAGACUCUUGUUGCUCUGAGUUUGGCAAACAUCAAAAUCUGGAUUCUUACAGGAGACAAACUGGAGACAGCCAUGAAUGUAGCUUACUCUUGUAACAUGCUUAGAGAUGACAUGAGUGAAGUCUUCAUCAUCUCUGGUCCCACAGCUGUGGAGGUCCAAAAGCAGCUCAGGAACGCCAAAGAUCACAUCGGUGGACCACUGACACACAAAAAUGACAUCCACACAGAUGACUGUGUGUUUGAAGAGACCAUGAAUGCAGAGUAUGCACUUAUCAUCAGUGGGCCUUGCCUGGCUUACGCACUGGAGGCGGAGAUGCAGCACCUCCUGCUGGACACAGCCUGCUUGUGCAAAACAGUCAUCUGCUGCCGGGUCACCCCCCUGCAGAAGGCUCAGGUGGUGGAGCUGGUGAAGAAACAGAAGCAGGCCGUCACCCUGGCCAUAGGAGAUGGCGCAAAUGACGUCAGCAUGAUCAAAACGGCUCAUAUUGGUGUGGGCAUCAGUGGGGAGGAGGGCAGGCAGGCGGUCCUUGUGUCGGACUACUCCUUCGCCCAGUUCUGUUUUCUACAGCGCCUUCUCCUGGUACACGGCCGCUGGUCCUACCACCGCAUGUGCAAAUUCCUGCGCUACUUCUUCUACAAGAACUUUGCCUUCACCCUUGUGCACUUCUGGUUUGCCUUCUUCUGUGGCUUCUCAGCACAGACCAUAUAUGAUCAGUGGUUCAUCACUCUCUUCAAUGUAAUCUACACAUCACAGCCAGUUCUAGCAUUGGGUCUGUUUGAUCAGGAUGUGAGUGAACAGAAUAGCCUGCGCUACCCUAAGCUCUAUGAGCCGGGUCAGCAAAGGCAGCUCUUCAACAAGCGCCAGUUCCUCCUGUGCUCCCUGAAUGGCAUCGGCACGUCUCUCGCUCUGUUCUUCGUGCCGUACUGCGCCCUCGGCCACUCUCUGAAGGAGGACGGCACCACGGUUACAGACCAUCAGUCUUUCGCGGUCGUCAUUUCGACCUCACUGAUCAUUGUGGUGAGCAUUCAGAUUGGACUCGAUACAAAUUACUGGACGCCAAUAAAUCAUGUUUGUAUCUGGGGCAGCGUGGCCAUGUACUUCUUCAUAGUGUUUGCGCCACACAGAAGCAGCACCUUUGAUGAACUCCCAAAGUAUUUCCCCUUUUUUGGAACUGCGCACAACUGCCUGACAUGUAGGACGGUCUGGCUAGUUAUUCUUCUCACCACUGUCACAUGUAUAAUGCCUGGAGUAGUAUUUCGAUUUGUACAAAGAGAGCUUUGCCCAACUCUAAUUGAGAAGGUCCGCCAUCUGCAGGUGAGCAAGAAGCAGAAUCCAUUAAAGCAGAGUCACAGGCUAGCACGCAGGGCCAGCAGGCGGUCUGCCUACGCCUUCUCUCACCAGGAGGGCUUUGGAGAGCUCAUCACCUCUGGGAGGAACAUGAGGGGCUCGAUGGCGCCCCCUCAAGGGAAGCUUCAGAGCAGCACCAGCUGGGUGGACAGCAUGCUGAAGAGGAUCGCCGAGCAGGGCAUGAGGAUAGGUUCUUCCAGCCCGAAAAGCAUGGCUAGUCCUAGAAAUAUUGCUCUUAGGGUUAGAGACACUAUCAGACCGCAAAGAGAGCAUAUUGCUAUGGACGAAAAUGUGACAGAUACAAUGCUGCCUGUCGUGUAAGGACACGGAGACCACCCAUGGUUUGUGUGUCUAUUCUCAGGUAAAAAAUAUCAUAGGCUAUCUUGAGAUCACCAUGGUUAUGGACCAGUUGCUCACCUGUGAGUCAAGCCAUUGCCGUCCAAGGCCUAUCCUGUUUCAUGGACAUUGGCUGAGAGUUGUUAAGUUAAAUGUGUUACAGUUGGCUAUUUUAGCCUACUGAAAAGCAGAAAUUCUCUUUUUACUUCUGUCUAUAUGAUUUAGCCCCUGUAACUUAAUUCAAUGACAGUUACAAAUAACAUGUAGGCCUAUUGAAAAAAAAAAAACAUAACGAUACGCAGGGCUAAAUUUCUGGAUGUUAUGGUUAUGGGAUUUGGCAGACGCUUUUGUCCAAAGCAACAUGCAAAUAAAGAAAUGUUUGACAAAAGGCAGAUUUUUAACGCACGGGAGCAUGUUUUUUUUUUAAUUUAUUUUAAAUAAGUUAUUAAAGGUCCGUUU